UCUUUCCAGACAAGUCUUAACACGCACAGCAGCCAGACACGAAUGCAAUUAAGCUUCCCUUUUUGCUCUACAAACUUUGCGCUGCAGAGCCUAGAGCGAAUAAUGAGUUGAGAGAAGCCGGAGCCAAACUUGCUUUUGUUUUCUUCGUAGGAAGCAUUCGUGAGUCACCCAACAACAAUGAACAAUCUUUGCACGGGACACAUGCAUUGCGCGCCCCGCCUCAACUUGCAUCCUCACCACAUCACAGUAACCUAUGCUACUGUGAGCUUGUGACUGUGCAUGGUCAUGGGCUCAUGGUCAUGGCUUCCCGGGCCGCUGAGGCGACAGGCAAAUCUCCCCACCUUCUGAUCCCUCCCGGCUCUCGCCUCCCCAGAUUUUAUACUCCACGGCCUCCGUUGCACCUCCCAUUUUUUCCUUUCCGUUUCGUACCUUCUUCUUCCUGCUCCUCCUCCCGUGAGCCAUGAAUGAGCUCUGCGACCUCGAGGUGCACAUCAAUGGCCAUCACACGCUUCAUCUCCACCAGAGCGUCAUGUGCGCCUUCUCGGGGAGGCUGAGGACACUGGUGAAGCAGGAGAAGAAGAAGAAGAAGGGCGGCGGCAGGAAGGAAGCCGUGUCCAUCAAUCUCGCCGGCGGCUUCCCGGGCGGCGCCGACGGCUUCGAGCUCGUGGCCAGGUUCUGCUACAACGACGGCCGCGUCCUGCUCUGCACCUCCAACCUCCCGCUCCUGCACUGCGCCGCCGUGUCCCUGGAGAUGACCGAGGAGGUGUGCGCCUGCAACCUGCUGGCGCAGGCGGAGGCCUUCGUCAACGGGCUCUACUACUGGACCUGGGGCGACGUGCUGGCCGCGGUCCGGAGCUGCGAGCCCUUCGCCGCGGCGGCCGACGCCUCGGGACUCCUGGACAGGCUCAUCUCCGCGCUCUUCUCCAAGAUCACCGGCGCCACCCCGGGCCCGGGCCCGGGGACGCCGAACCGCUCCUCGUCGUCGUGCUCGUCGUCGCCCGACACCGCGGGCUUGCGCCGGUCGUCGUCGUCCGCCAACAAGACGCCGGACUCGAUGCGGCCCUGCGCCGGCAGGGAGUGGUGGUUCGACGACAUGACGUCGCUGUCCCCGCCGACCGUCGAGAAGGUGAUGCGCGUGCUCGGCUGCUACGGCGUCGAGAACAAGAACCUGAUCCUCACGCGGUUCCUGCUGCACUACCUCCGCGCCGCCACGCGCAGGCCGCCGGCGCUUGAGCGGGAGGGCGCCGCGCUCGCCGGCCUCGCGGAAACGGCCGUCCACGGCGUGGCGCUCGUCGGGGGCACGGCGUUCUCGUGCCGGGGCCUCUUCUGGGUGCUCCGGAUCGUGUCGGCGGUGGGGCUGAGCAGGGAGUGCCGCCACAAGCUGGAGCGGCUCAUGGGGCUGAUGCUGGACCAGGCCACGCUCGACGACCUCCUCGUCUCCGGCGACGACGGCGGCGGCGUGUACGACGUCAACCUGGUCAUGAGGCUGGUCAGGGUGUUCGUGGCCUCCGAAGAGGAGGCAGACGCGCCGUCGGAGAGGAUGCGGAAGGUGGGGCGCCUGGUCGACAAGUACCUCGGCGAAAUCUCGCCGGACCAGGGGCUGAAGGUGUCCAAGUUCCUCGCCGUCGCCGAGAGCCUGCCGGACUCGGCCAGGGACUGCUACGACGGCGUGUACCGGGCGCUGGACAUCUACCUCGAGUCGCACCCAGCACUGUCCCUAGAGGAGCGCACGACGCUGUGCCGGUGCCUCAACUACGAGAAGCUGACGCUGGAGGCGUGCAAGGACCUGGCCAAGAACCGGCGGAUCCCGCCGGGCGUGGCGGUGCAGGCGCUGGCGUCGCAGCAGUGCAAGCUCCACAUCAGCGAGCCGGGCCCCGGCGGGAGCGCGACGGCGGCAGCGGGGAAGGAGCGCCGGCCCGACCCGUCCUCCUGCUCCCAGUCCCAGACGCCGAGGAGGAGGGUCGCCCGCCGCGCCACCCGCAGCGUGGACCUCGGCAGAAGGAGCGGCGGCGACGACGACGAGAAGGAGCUGCUGCGGCUGAACCUGCAGAGAAUGCAGAGCCGGGUGGUGGAGCUGGAGCGGGCGUGCAAGGAGAUGAAGGGCCAGAUGUCCAGAAUGGCCAAGGGCAAGUCCUUGUCCUUGUCCUUCGGCUCCGGCGCCGCCUCCUGCCACCAGACCGGCGGCAGGGGCUUGCCUAGGCUCUGCUGACGUGAUGCAUGGGCCUGUAACUUUUUGAUCCUUUUUAGUUUUUCCUUCCCCCUCUCUCUCUUUCAUGGCUUGCGAUUUUCCUCUUGAUCCCUUUGUAAAGCUAAUUACUUGGUUGGUGGAGUGGAGCAUUGCUUGGUCGUCCUUUAUGAUUGUAAAGUUUUCACCGCGGCCGUCCUUUA